GCAGUAGUAGAGUUCAUACUUAAAGUAUAUUUUCUCUCAUUAAUCUCCGUUUCUUUCUCUGGCAACAUCUUUUUCAAUAGUCUGUUACUGUUCUGGUUCUGUUAUAAAGUGAAUUCAAGUAACAGAAACUGUCUUAUCCUGUUGUUUUUAUCUGCUAGUGGUCAUUUUCUUGUUGACUAAAUGCAUAUUAAAGCAGAUUUCAAUAGUGGGGAAAACUUCCGCUGCUGCAUAUGUUUUCAUGUACGUACUGGCACUAUAAUUCUUGGAAUUUGGCAUUUGGUAUUACAUCUGUUAGCUCUGACACUGCUCUUUAGUGUCUUGAUACAUCCUGAAGCCAGAAAUCGGUUCACGGCUUGGGCCACAUCGGGCACAGCAACACCACAUGAUGUUAAUGGUUUGUUAACUCCUGAGUAUUACAGUCCACAACUGCCAGAUUUGAGUGCAGGUCCUGCUGCAAAUUAUGCAUUUGGGCAUGAUAAACACCAACUCAAAGAUGUUCAUGUGGCUUUGGCAAUAACUGUGUGCACUGGUGUACUAACAUUAUUUCUACUUUAUGGUACACUUAGAGGUAAACCAAAUUAUUUGAUGCCCUUCUUCAGUCUACAAGUAUUCGAUUUCAUUAUAUCUGCAUUAACAGCUGUGGGUUACUUCUCAUCUGUGCCAGAUGUUCGGAGAAUGCUAGAGGAAGCUUCAGAUUUACCUCUGCAAAAACAGUUGCUACAUUUAAAUCCAGAAUGGCUCUGUGCAAUAUUGAUGAUUGCUGUUGUUAUAUGCAUGAUGCUUAAGGCAUACUUCAUGGGAGUAGUUUGGUCUUGCUAUAAAUACUUGAAACUGUUGCAAAUGGCUGAAAUUGUUGGAAGUUACAUUGAAGCAGAUAAUGAAGCUCUAUUGCCACCAGAUUAUGAUACAGCAACUAAAGCACCACCUCAUGCUGCAAUGUAUGCACCCCCACCAUAUGUUGCUGAUUUUCAUGGAGUAUAAACAAAUUUCAAAAUGUGUUGCUCCUUCAUUAUACAUAUAUGUAUCUAAAGUGAAUUUUUUGUGUUGCUAGUCUGUGGAGCUUUUUUCUUUUUUUGUUUGUUUCCUAGAUUGUAGAACAUAUUUCAAAUCUUUCUAGUCUCAUUUCUGUGUAUAAAAAAAUUUGUUUUAAAUACUGAUUGAUUUUUUUAUUUAUUUAAUAAAUCAUCAGAACUAAUAUUCAA